AUGAGGGCUUUAUCACUAAUUUACGUAUACCUCCUGGUUGGGUUUCGUUUUUGUCAGGGAGCUGAUCCGUUAUUCUUUGACAUUUCUUCCCCCGAUCCUUCCUUGGCUAGAGAGUAUGAGAGUACUGUGGAUGGAGUAGUUUAUCAAUCAUUCUUCUCCACUGGAUUAUUCUUCAGCAAGGUAGUAGAUGGUGGAGUCACUCUGUGGGAGGCCAAAGGAGAAGAGAGAUGUGAUGUACUAUUCUCAAGUGUUGGAGAUGGCAAAAGCCGAGCCGUUCUUCAUGUAUUGGCUAAAGGUAUACCGUCCAGGAUGUUGCAUUAUGAGAAACUAGACAGAGAAUGGAAGCUUGUAACUGUAAGAGUUAAAGGAGUCCCAGAGUCAGAAGAACCAGUCUCUCCAAAGGAGCAUGCAGCUGAGCUUGACUUUGCCAACCUUGGGUGCCCAUUAGGAGGAUGCUCAGGUUCAGAAGCUAAGCCAAAGGUCACUCUUCCUCCCACAGAAUCUAACAAUAAUGGUGAAGAUGCGAGUGAAAACAAGGUGGAAGGAGGUACUCCAGACGAUGAGGAAGAGUCCGGUGAAUCGCAACCUAAGGAAGUGGAUAAAGAGGAGCCUGACCAGAAGUCUGGUGAUAAUGCAGUUGAACCCGUUGAGUCAGAGUCAAAUCCGGUAAUUGUAGAUGAAGAAAGGCCAAAACCUCAAGUUCCUACAGAAUCUAAUGAGAAAGAACCAGAAGUAUCUAAUGAAUCAAAGGAGUCCAAGCCAGAGGUCCCUGAGCUUGCCACUGAACAUAUUGUAAAAGAAUCUGAACCAGUUACAAAAGAUGAAGAAGAAUCACCAAGAGAUAGUGAGAAAAGAUCUGAAGAUGUUCAACCUGAGGAGAAUGAACAUGUGCCAACUCAUGAUAAAGAACUAUCUAAAGAGAAUCUUAGAGGUGGUACAGAUACCUCCCAACUUCCAUCACAAUCAGCAUCUCUAGAGCCAGAAGAACCUGUAAUCCCUUUCCUGGACAAGAUAGAUACCUCCCUAUUCAAUGUUGAGGAGACAGAGGAAGGUGAUGUUAAAGUUCUAAAGUUGGCAGCUAAACCAAGUGUUAAGACUACUAAUCUUAAAUAUGGAGAAGAAACAGUCUGGGAAGAUAAUAAGAAAUCCUGCUCCUCUGCUCUCUUGUAUCUAGAUGGAGAGCGACUUACACUGGCUGUUAUAAAGACUAAAGGCCGGAGGAGUGAAUCCACAGUUUACAGACACCAUGAUGGUAAGAAGUGGAAGAAAGGUAAUGAAGGGACUCACAAGAACAAGCUAAAGGAGCUGAUAGAUGCCGCUAAAAAAGAAUCUCCAGAAGCGGUCAAGAAGGAACAGGGAGUUCCAUCUGCUCAACAAGGACAAGCACAGGCUAAACCUGUUGAUAAACCUGUAGAGGCUCCUUCUACCCAGUCAGCUGGAAACUCUUCUAGUCUCCAAUCUUCAAAUCAAGACACUUUUGAUUUAGCAACACAGAACUCGUCGUCAUACAGGUCAUCUGAUGUGAAUAUUAACGGAGUCCCCGCAAAAGUAUAUGUUUCUACAUCUGGCAAUGCAAUUAAAAAAGUUACUAAUGGGAAAGAUGUUGUGUGGACUGCAACAAGCAAACAAACGUGUCUUUACUGUAUGGCCUUUCAAAAGGACAAUAACUUGAACAUGGCAGUUGUUAAAAUAAGAGAGGAUAAGAAUACUAAGUACUUACUUAUCGAAUGUAGCAAAGGUAAAUGGGAAGUGGUCACUGGUUAUCCCAUUCACACUAAGGUCAAUGCAUUAAAGAAAACAGCUGACAAAAUUACUAAAUUCUCCCUUGACAUUUCCUUGGCAGAAAGUAAUGAUAACUGCACAGUAGAGAAUUCUGAAGGCAGUGGCAUUAAGACUCGCAUUUAUGCCCCUAAAUCUGGAAAUGCUAUAGAUAAAGUUAUGGAUGGCAACAAAGUUAUUGGUGAACUUCACGAGAGUUACAGAUGUUACCUUUGUGAACUAUACUCCAAGGGUAAUAUUUCAUUGCUAAGAGUCCAUACCGAGGCGGUAGUCUACGAUGCUUAUCUAUGUAACUAUAUGAAUGACGGUAGUGGAUGGACUAUGAUCAAGGAAGAAAAGGAAUUUGAAAAGAAACUAGAGGAAUUAAGAAGUGGUGCAUUACAACAAGCUUCCACAGAGUCUUCUGAUCCUACUUCUAGUGUAACACCUCCUAGUGAAGGGUCUGAUAAAUCUAAGGAAGCUUAA